AUGACCCACUGUAGUGACAAAGAAAACGAUGAGCAGAGUGAUGACACAGCAGAGAAACCAAACAAGAACCAGAAGAACAGAAGUGGAGGAAAACAUGUGUCAUUCCCCCCUGAUGAACAGAUAGUGUCCGGCUUUGCUGAGCACAGGAACACUGACAGAAAGGCUGACAGCUGCCUCACUUUGACGGAGUUAAUGGUGGCCUACCAGCAGAGCUGCAGCAGACACCAGGUCCAACCCAAAGCACACAUCCUUCAACAGCUCCAGCAGGGUGUGUGUGUAGGUGGCAGUGUGAAAUGUCUGGAUCUCAAAGGUGAGCGAUUAGACCACCGCUCCUGUGAAGCUCUGGAAGUCGUCCUGAAAUCGCUGCACUUUGAUUUCAUCAAUCUGCAGGCAGCCCAACUGGAAGAAAAUGGAGCAUCGUCUUUGCUGGAUAUGAUUUUGUACUAUGAAUCUACAACCCAUCUUGACAUUUCUGACAACAGCGGUAUGGGAACAUCCGGUUGGAGGGCCCUCGCUCAUUUGAUAAAGCAGAGUGUGUGUCUGUCCAGACUGGAUGUGUGUAACGUUCCCAUAGCAGACUACCCGGCCUUGUCUCUGUCUAAAGCUCUGCUGACCAGUCGGCUCACAGUGCUGCACCUUCACAACGCCCAGCUCAGCGGCAUGCCACUUUUCACACUGGUUGGUGCACUGAAGACAAACAAGGCUUUACAAGAGCUCCACCUUACCAACAACCUGCUGAACAGCUACCAGGAUGCCCUGCAGCUAGGAGACCUGCUACGCUACAACACCACUUUACAGAUCCUGGAGCUCAGUGACAAUGUUGUAGCAGAUGCUGGUUUGGAAGAGCUGUGUGAGGGUUUGAGGUGGCAAAUAGAAGGUCUGAAGGUCUUACUGCUGAGGAACAACCAAAUCACUGCAAAAGGCAUGGUCCAUCUGGCCAAGACUCUGCCAGUACUGAAGGUCCUUCAGGUCCUGGAUUUGGGUGAGAACCUAUUGGGGAACGAGGGGAUCCAGAUCAUCAGGGUGCCACUGAUGGUGAACUGCUCAGUGUUGGAGCUUGGCCUGGCCCAAGCCAACAUCACCUGUGAAGGUGCUGUGGCACUGGCUGAGUUCCUCGCUGAGAACCAUCAGAUUCAGCGACUGGACCUCCGUCAGAACCAGGUGAAGACUGGGGGCCUGAUGGCCUUGUGUCUGGCUCUGAGGAUCAACUGCUCUCUUACCAGUCUGGAUUUGGAUCACGUGCCCGCACAGGAGCAGGAUGAGUUUCUGAUGGAGACUCAGGCAAGGCUUCAGUCAGAGAUCACCCAGCGUUGCCUCGCCAAUGCCAGGCUCUCUGGCCUCGCCGCGGAAACCUCCGAGAUGUUACCUGCCGAGGCCGACGGACCAGCUGACAGCACGGCUGCACCCUGA